UUUUUUUUUUUUUUUUUUUUUUGCUGUCUGCAUCCGGGUAGUAGGUAGGUAGGUAGGUCGGUAGUGACGACACUGGCACUUUUGCCUCUCUCUCUCUCUCUCUUUCUCUCCUGCUCUUCUCAUCGCCCCGUCUGUUAGGUGGUGAAGGCUCUGUGUUUGCCGCAUUCGGUUCUUUGUUUUUUGCCUCCGCUUCCCCCCCCCUCCCCUCGUCAGGCGAUCGGGCGAGACGGGGUUUUUGAGUUGUGCUUGUGCUUGCUAGCUACUAUCCAUCCAUCCCCUUUCACUCUGUCAUUCUCAUCUUUCCUUCAUUCCGCCGGUGUAUAUACACCCCCCCCACUUUUUGCGAUAAUCAUGGCUUCCAAACUGUCCGCUCGGAUGCUGGUACCUCUGCGGUCCGUCGCGAGGUCUCGACCUGGACCUGCGUUGACGACCCCCGUCUUUGCUGGCGCUGGCGGACAACACGCACACGCCGUCGCCGUCGCCGUCGCCGUCGCCACCCGUUCUCAAUGCGAGCCUCAGAAACGAUGGAGCUCACAUUCUCCGCUGGGCGCCGCGCCGGCCAAUCCCCGGAAGAAGGUGACCAUGCAGACGUUACGGAGUCUUUACAAGAAGGGGGAGCCGAUUACGAUGCUUACGGCGCAUGAUUUCCCCAGUGCGCAUGUUGCGGAGGCGGCGGGCAUGGAUAUGGUUCUUGUGGGCGAUAGCUUGGCGAUGGUCGCACUGGGGAUGGAGGAUACCAGUGAGAUUCUGAUGGAUGAGAUGUUACUGCAUUGUCGGAGUGUGGCGCGGGCGGCGAAGAGUGCGUUCACGGUCGGAGAUCUCCCUAUGGGCUCUUAUGAAGUCUCCCCCGAACAGGCGGUUCAAUCGGCCAUUCGCAUUGUGAAGGAGGGCCGCGUGCAGGCUGUUAAGCUCGAGGGUGGUGCCGAAAUGGCCCCGACGAUCAAGCGCAUCACGCAGGCCGGGAUCCCCGUCGUCGGACACAUCGGGCUCACGCCGCAGCGCCAACACGCGCUUGGAGGGUUCAGGGUUCAAGGCAAGUCGACGGCCGGCGCACUCAGGUUGCUGGAAGAUGCUCUUGCUGUACAGGAAGCUGGUGCGUUCGCUAUGGUCGUCGAGGCUGUGCCGGCUGAGAUUGCCGCCAUAGUCACCAAGAAGCUGCGCGUCCCGACGAUUGGCAUUGGUGCCGGGAACGGCUGCUCCGGGCAGGUCCUUGUUCAGAUUGACAUGCUCGGGAACUACCCUCCGGGCCGGUUCCUCCCCAAGUUCGUCAAGAAGUAUGCCGACGUCUGGGGGGAGACCAUGAAGGGUAUCCAGCAGUAUCGCGAUGAAGUCAAGAGCCGGGCAUACCCAUCCGAAGAGUACACCUAUCCCAUCGCGAAGGAGGAGCUGGCUGAGUUCGAAAAGGCUGUCGAGCAAGUCCACAAGAAAUGAUCGCUUCCCCUCCCUUCCAGCACCCCAAACCCCCAUGCUUCACGUACUGAUCUAUUGUUCAUUGAAGCCUCAUAACUUGCAUCCUAUGCCCAGCAUGUCGUUCCAGAGAUACCUUGUCAUUUCAUGUUCAUAAUUGUCAUACAGUGACAGAUAACAGGCGCUAGUCCUCUACGCGCAAUUGCAUUUCCUUCGAC